ACGCUGUAUCCGUAUUUAAAGGCGCCAACAAAGCGGGAGAGAAGUUCGGGGCGCGCUGAUCUGCCAUCUUCUGUUUUAAGGCCAGUUCCGCGGAGUAAACGGCGCUGUUCUUUCCAGAGACGCUUCCUUGGCUUUUCCCAGACUGUUAAAAUGCCAGAAGAGACGGCCGCCGCGUCCACUGCUGAGAGCACGGAGGAGAAGCCCUGCUCAUCCAGUGCUGCAGACAGUUCUGUAGAUGUGGCUGAAGAGGCAAAGAAGCUCAUUGGCACAGGAAACAGACACCUAGUUAUGGGUGAUGUCGUGUCUGCAGUCAGUGUGUUCCAGGAGGCGUGUGCAAUGCUCGCUGAGAAAUAUGGGGAUACUGCUGAUGAAUGUGGAGAGGCCUUUUUCUUGUGUGGGAAGUCCUUAUUGGAGCUUGCCAGGAUGGAGAACACAGUCUUGGGGAAUGCUUUAGAGGGAGUCCCUGAGGAAGAGGGAGAGAAACAGGAUGAUUCCAAGAUUGAGAGUGCAGACAACUUGGAUGAGAAAACCAGAGAUGAGCUUCGCGAACAGGUUUAUGAUGCCAUGUCUGAGGAGAAGAGGGACUCUGAAGAUAAAAAGGAGGCAAAGGAAGAUGGGAAAGAGGUAAAGGAGUCUGGAGACAUGCAAGCAAAAAAGGAAGAUGCUGAAGAUUCCGCAGUCAAAAAGGAAGAGAAGAGUAAAUCUCCUGUUAAAAAUGGUGAGAACACCACAGUGCAUCCUGCCAAAGAAGAGAAGGCUGCUGAAAGCCAAGGGAAGACUGCUAAAGACUCAGUCAAAACUGAUGAGAAAGCUUCUGAAAAUGGAAACAAGACAACAGAGCAUCUAGUCAAAAGUGAAAAAGCUGAGGAUGGCAAGGUAAAGAAGUCUCCUGCCAAAUGUGAAGAGAAAGCUGUGGAGGAUUCAGGCAAGAUGGAGGAGGGAGCGGAUUCCUCAAAACAAGAAGACAAGGCAGUGACUAAUGGGGCUAAGAAGAAUGUGCAGCAAGAUGUCAAGAGCACAGAAGAGCCAAAAGAUGGUGAAGAUGCUCCAGAGCCUAUGGAGGAAGAAGGUGGAGAUGACGACGAAGAAGAAGAGGAAGAUGAGGAUGAAGAGGAAGGGGAGGGAAAAGACGAUAAGGAGAGUGAAGAGGAGGAGGUUGGAAAUCUUCAGUUGGCAUGGGAGAUGCUGGAAGUGGCGAAAGUUAUUUACAAAAGGAAGGAGAGCAAGGAUGACCAGUUAAUGGCAGCACAAAUCUUCUUGAAACUUGGAGAAGUUGGUGCAGAGUCGGGUAAUUACCCUCAAGCUCUGGAGGACUUCAAGGAGUGCUUGGCUCUACAACUGAAGCAUUUGCCGCCUCACAGUCGUCUGCUGGCAGAGACCCAUUACCAGCUGGGCACAACUUUUAGCUACACAGCUCAGUACAACCUGGCAAUUGAGCACUUUACAAAGUCAAUCAGCGUAAUUGAGAGCCGAUUGGCCAUGCUUCAGGAAGUAAUUAAUAAGGCAGAGGGUGCUGAGGAAGCAAAGGAAGAAAAGAAUGAGUUUGAGGAGCUGAAGCAGCUACUUCCAGAGAUUACUGAAAAGGUAGAAGAUGCAAAGGAAAGUCAGAAGACAGCAGCUGCAGCAUCAGAAGCUAUACACCAGACACUGGGAGGAGCAUCUACAUCCUCUGCAUUUCCAACUGAAAAUGGGGGCCCAUCUUCAUCCUCAACAGUCAGCCAGAUUGCCGUAAAACCAGCGGACAGUGCAUCUUCGGCAGCUGCAUCAGAUAUCUCUCACCUUGUUCGUAAGAAGAGGAAACCAGAAGACGAGAGCCCAAAAAAGGACAGUGAUGCUAAAAAGGUCAAACAGGAGACCACAGUUAAUGGCAGCGGUGACUCUGCCAGCAACAGCAAUGGAGUCCAGGAGAAAAUGGAGCAGGAGCCUGUGAAUUCCACUUCCUCUGUAGAAACAUCAGCAUGAUGGGAGGUUCUUCUCCUGGCUGACCACGGAUCUUCCAACCAGCACAGCAUGCCUGCCUCAAGUCUCCACAAACAGCUCUUUGUUUUGUAAAUAAGACAUUAACCUUUUUCUGUGUGUGUCCAACUUUUGUAUUGUAGUAGUUUCAAUAAAGAUAUUUGCAUAUGUCAAA